AUGAAUGCCCGUGAUAUAAAUUUGUCAGCCUGGCCAAAGGCCAUGUGGCAAGGCUGCUGUCCCAGGCUAAGUCACAUAUCCUGUGGUGACAACUUGUGGUCCUGCUUUCAGGUGGAACAGUCCAAAGUGCUGAUAAAGGAGGGGGGCGUCCAGCUCACUUUGACCAUCGUAGACACACCAGGCUUUGGAGAUGCAGUGGACAACAGCAACUGCUGGCAGCCCGUCAUCAACUACAUCGACAGUAAGUUUGAAGACUUCCUGAAUGCUGAAUCCCGCGUAAACAGGAGGCAGAUGCCUGACAACAGGGUGCACUGCUGCUUGUACUUCAUCGCCCCCUCUGGUCACGGACUGAAGCCUCUUGAUAUUGAGUUCAUGAAGCGUCUUCAUGACAAAGUCAAUGUCAUCCCCCUCAUCGCCAAGGCUGAUACUCUCACGCCAGAGGAGUGCCAACUGUUCAAAAAACAGAUUAUGAAGGAGAUCCAGGAGCACAAAAUCAAGAUCUAUGAGUUUCCUGACACAGAGGAUGAUGAGGACAGCAAACUGAUCCGAAAGAUAAAGGAGAAGAUGCCUCUGGCAGUGGUUGGUAGCAAUGUGGUGAUCGAAGUAAAUGGCAGGAAGGUUAGAGGGCGUCAGUACCCCUGGGGUGUGGCAGAAGAGGGCAUUAUUGUGGAGAACGGUGAGCACUGUGACUUCACAGUCCUGAGGAAUAUGCUCAUCAGGACUCACAUGCAGGACCUGAAGGACGUGACCAAUAAUGUUCACUAUGAAAACUACCGGAGUAAGAAAUUAGCAGCCGUCACCUGCAACGGGGUCGACGCCACCAAGAACAAGGGCCAGCUCACAAAGAGUCCCCUGGCCCAGAUGGAGGAGGAGAGGAGGGAGCAUGUGAUGAAGAUGAAGAAGAUGGAAAUAGAGAUGGAGCAGGUCUUUGAGAUGAAGGUCAAAGAAAAGAAGCAAAAGCUGAAGGACUCUGAGGCAGAGUUGGAGCGGCGUCACGAACAGAUGAAGAAGAAUCUAGAAGCUCAGUAUAAAGAGAUUGAGGAGAAGAGGCGCCAGUUUGAGGAGGAAAAAGCCAACUGGGAGGCCCAGCAACGCAUCCUGGAGCAGCAGAAACUUGAUGCAUCAAAGACAAUGGAAAAGAACAAGAAAAAAGGAAAAAUCUUUUAAAGACAUCAUGAAGCUCCAUUCCUUAUAAAACCAGAAACUCCUUGCAUCUCUUUUGAUGCUCUGAUGUUUUAUGACCCCAUAAGAAACGCAUGCUGGAGUGCUAGGGUACAGUUAACUGCACAUUCCAUUGCACCAUGAAUGAUAUUUUUAUAGUCACACCCACACACAACUUUACCGCACUCUUCUGGUUGACUAUUAUAUUGCACCACAUGCCCAGUAUGUCAAGUGUUUGUUCACGACCUUUCGAUUAGAGAAUAUUGACCAACAUUACUUUAAAUUGUGGUUAUUACAAACAAUACUUCAUCUUUGUAACAAUUUCUGACUGUACAGACAGACAUGUUCAACUCUGCUGUCCACAUUCACACAUCUUAGUGUUAAGAUGGUCUUAUGGUAGGUUCGUAUGGGUGUGAUGGAGAAUGAGACAGACAGACAGAAGCAAGUGCAGAGUUACGACAGAGCUAAGCAUGUAUGCGUUGAAAAGCAAAGCUAUGGAUAAAUGGUUUAUGUUUUUUUUUGGUUUCUGCUGGUGUGUGAGACAUGAUGCUGUGUGUUUCUUUGGGGUCGUAAACAUUUGAAGACCUGUUUUAACAUUAUUGCACAGCUAAAUUAUGACUUUUAACAGUUUUCCAUGUGUUUAAACCCAUUUGCUGGCUGUGUACGUAGAUAAUUGUGUCCCUACCAUAAAUGGUGUUAUACAAAAUGGCAUGAUUGUCAAUAUUAAUAACAAUAGUCAUUUUUGAUAUGGAUGGAUAUAAAAUAAUUACAAUAAUAUUAUAGGAUGUUGCUCGAACAUUCUGCCUUAAAAUUGCAGACUCUUUCGGCAUUUGUCUGCUCAUGUUUUUUUGUUCUUUUUUUUAUUUUUUAUUGUGAACCGAUUAUGUUAGAUGUCCCUCAAUCAAUUCCUAAACUGAUCUGAGACCAGUUUGUUUCAUUUUAAUAGUCGGAACUUGGAUUUUUAGUUGUUGGGGCUGGUCCUAGAUCAGGGCUUGGUGGUCACUUUUGACCCAAGUGAGUUCAGUAUAUCUAAACAGAUGUUAUUUUAGCCAUUCUUACCCAGAUUACCCAUUAUAAUAAACUCACUUUACAUUCUAAAUGUAAAUGAGAGUGGAAGCUCUCUGUUUCUGUUGGAUAGUUUAGAUUUAUAACACUCAGGCUUCA